UUGGUACUUUCAGCAAAAGACCAACGAAGUAUAGCUUGGCAAAGAGUGGCUCGAGCUCAUCGCUGUGGAGAACCAUGCCUAGUGAUCGACUGCCGUUUUCUCCCUUUUCUUUCACCACGUGGUGCCGAACUCACCGCUGUUCAAUUGAAGUAUUUGAUAAGCGAAAAUCGUGAUAGCAGAACACCAUGGCAGCUGUAUUUUACGAAUUUUGACUGCUCCUCAGAGAGAAUCAGACGAAUGAAGGACAGACACUUAUCCGUUAUCGAUUCACCAGCAACGUGCAGUCCAAUCGUUUCUCCUCAGAGUUUCACCGAUCUAUUCGCACGAGAACGAAUUGUUUACCUUAGCCCGGAUGCAGAAGAAGAAAUCGAAGAUGUCUAUGAGAAUGAUGUGUAUAUACUUGGUGGAAUCGUUGAUCGAGUUCCGGAAAAAGGAAUACCCCGUCGAGCUUCGUUAGAAACUGCAACUGCCGAACAAGUUCGCUGUAAAAAGCUGCCUCUCGAUAAAUACGUGACGUGGAAAAGUGGGUCGAAGUUCCUUACGUUGACCGCCGUUUCAUCUAUUCUUCGUGACGUGUACAGUUCAGGAGGAGACUGGGAAACUGCAUUACGAAAGUGA